UGAUGAACAAAUUAUAAUGUUAUUAAGUAAACUUAUUAGAGAACAAAAACUAUUUAAAUUUACAUUAAAAUGUUGCACCGCUAGUGCCCAAAGAUACAUUGAGGCACUAAGUUUACAAAAAGAAUUAAAAUACUUACAAUUGAAUGAAAUAGAUUUUACAAGGAUUUCGGUAAAUCCUUUGAGUGCUAUUUCACAAUGUGAAAAACUGGAUCAAGUUACAAUUUCCGAUUUUCGUGGAGAUAUGAACAAUCUUCCUCACACAUUGGGACUGAGCAUAGAUGAUUUCGAUGCAACCACUAGCCCUAAUUUGAUCAAAAUUACACGAAAGACCCCCCUAACUUAG